CUGAUAAAAGGUAUUUUCAACACUAUCAGCUAUAAUUUUUCAUGCUUAGAUUCCUGUUGCAGAGGCAGUAUUGUGGAUGAAGUACGAUAUCUGAAGCAGCGAGCAUCUCAACUUAUUGUUCAAGUUCCUGUUAAAAAUCUGAAAAAAAUCGCCAAUACUGAUGGCAUUCAUUCUUUAUCAAAAGAAACACAACAUUUUUGUGGCAUUUGUACUAUGCACGGACCAUUGAGAGCCUAUCGAGGCAAGCAUUAUUCUCGAUUAUUUUGGACCACAAUGCUCAUACUAAAUAGCAUUUUGUUAGUAUGGCAGACUUCGCUUUUACUUAGUCAAUACUUUGCUAAUCCAACAGCAUCACAAGUAUUAUUCAUUCUGCCUGAGGAUGGCAUUUCAUUUCCAUCGCUUACUAUUUGCAAUUAUAAUGCAAUUAGAAAAUCAUAUGUCAAAGAAAUAAAUAUCAGCGGUGAUUUCUCACAACAGAUGCUGAAUUACAUCAAGCAAUCAUACCUUGAAGCUGACACUUUUUAUGCAAAUGCUCAAAUAGACGGACUGGAACAAGGAAUGUUGGAAUAUAAUAAAAAUUUUUCAUUUCAUCUUUUUUACAAUCAAUCAGGGUUUUCAUGUGAAAAUAUGUUAAAAAUCUGUACAUUUGGAGGUAAACGAUUUAAUUGUUGUGAACUAGCAGAACCUAUUCUGACUACUUUGGGUCAGUGUUACUUAAUUCAGCUCAGUACUGCAAAGGAUGCUUUUCUGCAAAAGCAAAGUCAAGCUGGACUUGAACGGGGGUCAUUUAUAUUUUUUGAUUCUUGCUUUCAUUUAGAUGAUUAUCAACCAUUCAUGUCAAAUGGACUCGUAAAUGGAUUUCGGUAUUUUGUCCAUGGUGUUGAUGAGAUAUCUUAUCUGUCCCACGAAGGUAUCAGCGUAUCACCUGGAUUUAGUAUUGAUACUUUCUUACUACUAGACGAAUCACAAUUAGGUAAUUGUACAAAUAGCUGGCCAGAUGGAUAUCAUAGUUUACAACGUUAUUCAGCUGCCAAAUGUCGAGCUUUUUGCCGAGCUCGAUAUUUUAAUGAUAAAUGCAACUGUAGUCCGUUCUUUUACAAUAUUGAUAAUGUAUGUUCGCCAUAUGAGACUUAUAUGUGCAUCUACAAUAAGCUUUCUGAUUCUAACAAAAAUUAUGUGCCACCAAAAUGCAAUGAAUGUAAAAUUGAAUGUAAGAGAUGGGUUUAUCAUUCUUAUAAUUCAUAUGGACAAGGUUUUUCUACUGAUAUGCUUAAAUGGUUGCACAGUCAAAAUCCCGAAUGGACACCUAGUCAUGUCAGAAAAAAUUUUGUGACGAUUAACAUUGCUUACAUGGAUAUGUCAUACACUCUUUACAGCCAAGUACAAACUAAAUCAAUCACCGAAAUCCUCAGUAAUAUUGGUGGCAAUAUGGGUUUGUUUUUUGGUAUGAGUGUAUUGUCGUGCUUCGAAAUUAUUAUGUAUUUAGCAAAAAUGACUUGGAUUAUAAUUUCCAGAAAACGUAGACAAUACAUCACGUUGGAUGCAAGAAAUUGUCAUUUUCAGAAGACAUUAGAAAAUUUAGAAUCUCAGACCGGAAGCAAUCGAAAUGCUUUCUUCAAAAACUACAUCACCAACCGUUUAUACAACGAUGGUCCCAUUGAUACAUUCCCUAAUGAUGUAAUUACUGGUAGCGAUGAUUUGAUGGUAUUUUUAUUUCAUUUUAUUAUUUAUUCCCAAUAUUUUUUGAGUCAUUUUACGGAAAUUUUUACAUUACUUCACGUUUUCCUUCCUGAACUCAUUUAA